AUGUGGUAUUCAUCAUGUUUGGUACUAUUUGGAAAUAGGAACCAGACUGGGUAUGGUGACAUCAUCUUGGAUGUUGCAUAUGCCUUCGAAAGAAAAAAGGGCAGCGUCCCACUUUGCGCUGACGGGAAUGACAAAAAACAUGAGGACGUAACAAGUCCCAAUUUUUCUCAAUCAAGCGGGGAGGGGAAACGGGGAGUGCUACUGGUUUUGUUUUUAGUAUUUCCUCUUGAUUUUAAAGCUUUAAAUAAGAGUUCCUUAAAAUUGGCACAGAUUCUUUAUGCGCCGUACAAUAAUAGGCUGGACAAUGUGGAAUUACGGGCUUCGUUAAGAUCUCCUGUCAUGGUUCAUUGGCGAAAACAGUAA